AUGUUACAACGGACCGGUCCCCACCUGCUCCUCCUAAUAGCCCUGUGCAGUGUGUUGUACUCCCGGACUCUGAGUCUGCCAUAUACAUCCAUGAGACCGACGAGACACGCAGACGGACUGUUCACCAGCGGAUACAGCAAACUCCUGGGACAGCUAUCAGCGCGGAGGUACCUGGAGUCUCUGAUUGGAAAGCGGGUCAGUGACGAGCUGAUGGACGAGCCAGUGAAGCGCCACACAGACGCCAUCUUCACAGACAACUACAGCCGCUUCCGCAAACAGAUGGCCGUGAAGAAGUACCUGAACUCAGUCUUAACAGGAAAGAGAAGCCUAGAAGAUCCUGGAACCAGCGACCCCGAGGAGUCCAGGGACGAACCCAACACCUUCCAGGAGAGCUACGACGACAUCAACGUAGACCACCUCCUAAACAACUUUCAGCUGCCGCUUUGAGGAGGGGCCUGUGCUCGAGUCAAUACCUCAAGUCAUCCUCAUGAAACCGCUCA